AUGGAAACUAAUUCAAAUUUAUUGGUACCCAUGAUCUAUGAGCAUCGUUCGAAAAUACUCAAUAGUAAAUGCAAUGAUUUGCAUACAUCAGAAAAUAAUUUAACAAACUGUUCGUCUGCCAGUUUAGUAUAUACAUAUCCAUGGCUUAAUGCAGCUCUUUUUUCUCUUCAAUCUCAAUCUUUGAUGUAUUGUGCUAUUCCAAAGAUAGCAUCAAAAACUCUUAUUUCACUAAUGAUGUAUGUUCAUGUUCGUGAUAUUGUAACUCAUCUCAGUAAUAAUCCGAAAAAUAUUAGUCUUAAUGGAACUCGAGCAGAACAAUUCAUUGAUAUUCCUAGACUCAUCGCUGAACUUCAAAAGAAUGGAAUUUCAAUUCCAAAAACAAAAGGAUCGAUUUCUUUUUCUUCAUUGAUGCAGACUUAUCUUCAUCUACUUCGUUUUGAAAGUAUCAAUAGUGCGUCUCCAUCUCUAUAUUUCAAUCCAUGGAGAUUAAAUUUGAAAAACAUAUUUCGUAGUAUGGAUUUCAGAAGUGUAUCAAAUCUAUCUGAUAUAUUUUCUCCAUCCUUUACUCGAAUUUUGUUUGUUCGACAUCCAUUUGAACGCCUAGCAUCGGCUUAUAAGGAGAGAAUUGCAAAACUCGAAAAAGAUAGAAUUCAACCAGAACCUUAUUAUGAUAGUAUUCGUAAGUUAAUCUGUCGUCGAUAUACACACUUCCAUUGGGCUGGAGAUCCAAUGGGAAGAGAUCAUCCAUGUGAAAAUUUUAUUCCUCCAUUCAAACAUUUUGUUAUAUUUAUUCUCACGAAUACUGAAACAUCUUUCGGAGUAGCUCGAAUGGACGCUCAUUGGCAGCCAUACACAGUAGUUUGUCAAGUGUGUAAAUUUAAAUAUAAUUUUAUUGGUAAAUAUGAAACAUUCAACAAUGAUUUUAAUUCCUUAUUAAAACGUCUCAAUGUAUCUGAUUGGAAUAAUGAAAAGCGACGUGGUGCAUCAAGUCAUAAUACAUGGGAUUAUCAACAAUUGUUUUCAUUCUUACCAGAUGAUCUUAUCUGUCAACUCAACCGUCUCUAUAGUGAUGAUUUACAGUUAUUUAACUAUCGAAUAGAAGAUU